AAAAAAAAAAAAAAAAAAAAACCCCAAUUUCGACAAAUGACAUGUUCGUGCUGACUCGCGUACAACACAGACACAUUCAUCAACUCGCAGCUGAUCCUGAUUUCCCCCGACUACAUGGCCCAUUACUGGGAAGCCAUGGGCCAUAUUACCUAUUUCCGCCGACUGGAUAUCGACGCGCUGAUUCGGACGUGAACAUCGUCCCUGUGACUUAUGACUAUGACUACGACCACGACUACGACUAACGAGAUAUGGCAUCCCUUUUGUACCCGGAAGGGUAUAGUCAUGAAUGUACUUUUUCUUUUUCUCUUUUUUCUUUCUAUUUAUGCAAGUCAAUUACUCGAUGAUCGUAAGCAUACUCACUUACUAGAGAGAGAGAAAGACAGAAGGUGUUGGAUAAAAGCAAGUGCCUUCCUAGUAAUGGCAACAGUCUGGGAGGCCGAUAUCUUGUACCUUGCCUUACUUGCCAGAGAUAGAUGCACAUGAGCCAAAGAUGGAUGAACCCUCUAUCCUAGACAAGUGCAAACCCACAAAGAUCAAUGACAUCUCACAUCUCACGUAAGGGAGUGUAUUCCCCACCCCUUACCUAGAUAUCCACCGAGUGU